CCAAACUCCUACAAAAGAAAAAAAACAAAGUCAUGGCUGGCGUUUUGUUUGAAGAUAUUUUCAACGUGAAAGAUAUGGAUCCAGAGGGCAAAAAGUUCGAUCGUGUAUCCAGAUUGCACUGUGAAUCAGAAUCUUUUAAAAUGGAUCUGAUUUUAGAUAUAAAUUCCUGGUUGUACCCCAUGGAUUUGGGAGAUAAAUUCCGUUUAGUUUUGGCCACAACAUUGCGUGAAGAUGGUUGUCCUGAUACCGGCGAAUAUAAUCCUCUCGAACAGGAGGGCACUAGAGCCGAUAGCUUUGAAUAUGUCAUGUUUGGCAAAGUCUAUCGUAUUGAGGGUGACGAAGCGCAUAAUGAAGCUUCAUCCAGACUGUCGGCAUAUGUCUCGUUUGGUGGUUUGUUAAUGCGUCUGCAGGGAGAUGCCAACAAUUUGCAUGGUUUCGAAGUGGACCAACAAAUGUAUUUAUUAAUGAAGAAAUUAGCAUUUUAAAUUGAAUUGUUUUUUUCAUUUAAGUAGAUAUUUGAAAGUGUAAUGCAAGUAAAAGGACUCAAAUUUUAAUUAUAUAAAAAAAUCGAAGGACAUUCAAAAAAAUAAACAAUUUGUGUUGCACUUUUGGUGGUUUAAGUAAACAAAUUAUAUUUUUAAAUAAAAAUUAAGAUUAUUUAAUAUUUUUUUUAUUAAAAUAAUGUA